CCGGAGCAGGAGGCGGAGCGGCCGCAGAUCGGGAGGAGCAUGUGGACGCUAGGGCGCCGAGCGGCUGCCAGCCUCUUGCCCCGCUCGGCGCCCCCGGGCUCUGCCCAGGCCCGCGCCGGGGCCCCGCGGCCAACGAAGGACUCCCGGCUCUACGGCUGCCGGGGCCUGCGCACCGGGACCGCCGCGGCCGGCAGACCCAGCCAGCCCAGUCUGAGCCUCUGCUGCCUCAACCAGAUCCUGAAUGUCAAAAAGCAGUGGGUCUGUUGGAUGAAUUUGAGGACAACGGGAACUUUGGGUGACGCUGGCCCUCUGGACGAUACCACCUAUGAAAGACUGGUCGAGGAGACGCUGGACUCCUUAGCAGAGUUUUUUGAAGACCUUGCAGACAAACCUUACACAUGUGAAGACUAUGAUGUCUCCUUUGCGAGUGGUGUUUUAACAGUUAAACUGGGUGGAGAUCUAGGAACGUACGUGAUCAACAAGCAGACCCCAAACAAGCAAAUCUGGUUGUCUUCACCAUCCAGUGGCCCCAAGCGUUACAACUGGACCGGGAGAAACUGGGUGUACUCCCACGACGGUGUGUCCCUCCACGAGCUGCUGGCCACAGAGCUGACUCAAGCCUUAAAAACCAAACUGGACUUAUCUUCUCUGGCCUACUCUGGAAAAGGCACCUGCUGCCCAUCCUAAUGCUAAAGACAUGGGAAGCUCUAAAGCCAAGACCCCAGCUUCGUUCUGCAGCUGAAUGGCUAGUUCUUUUCCAUUCCUGCUUUUGAGGACAGCUGCAUUAUGUGUAACGGCUCUGUGAAAAGACCGUGUCGCCUCCUGCCCUGCCCCUGAGUUCAGAUUUUUAUUUCCGUAGGUUUCUUUGGAUUUAUCGUCUGAGUUCCUCCCUCACGUGAUAGCCCUUAUCUUUCGUAAUGUCUGUAUGCCCAUACCUUUAAUAUAUAACCUCACAACAGAGAAAAAGAGGAAGGACAAAUUCCAGGAGGAGAAAUGAAUUGGCUUCACCACUCAUUCUCUGAAAGACUUACUACAAAAACUGCAUGAAGAGCGGCUGGCCAACCUUGCCAUCCCAUCUCAAAAUGAGACUCAUUAAAGGGAAGCCUAAUACAUUCCUACUCCUCUUGAAAGCGUAAACACUUCUGAGCCCAGUGGCAACUCGGGAAUUCUGAAACCAAAGACCCUUUUCUGUUUGUGCUUUGUGACUGCCAGGGUGUGGCCCGCAUGGGGUGACACAGGGAGAUGCGGUGCCGUGUCUUCCAUAUGUGCAUGUAUAUGUACGCACACAUUUACAUAUGUGUGUACAUACAUAUUUUUUAAAUUUAAGGGUCAGUAUAGAAUAAGCUAUUGCAACACUGGUCUGUGGAUGCAAAAAAUCUCCCAAAAGCCAUCUCUGUAAGCUCAUGGAUAUAGUAUAAUAAAUGAGGUCAUGGAGCUGACGAGGUGCUUGGUAAAUUGUGAAAGGCCACGUAAAUGAAAAGAUGUUGGUGUUAAUGAAAGGAACCCCGGUCUUACACUUGGCCCAGCCCAAAAGUAGUUGUCUGUCUCUGGGCAAGUUUCUCGAACUCCCUGGACCUCUGUUUCCCUGUGUUAACAGAAAGGGUUAAACUGGAUAGAAUAUAGUCGAUUCCCAAUUUAGACAUUUAGUGGUCCUGUCAGGCAACUUAACAGGCCAGCUUUAAUUCCCUCUAGUAGAGGAGAUGACAGUGAACAGUUUUUUUUAAGCUAUAGAGUAAGUAUAUGGUUUUGAGUUUUGUUCUGCUUGAAUUUCAGUUGAAUUCGUGUUCAAAUAAUCAUCUUUUAUUGUGCCAUUACUGUGCUAAGCCUGGGCUGUAGGCUGAAUGCUAAGGUGUUGAUCCUAACCCCCAAUCACAGCCCUCAUAAGUGAGAUUAGUGCCCUUAUAAGAGAGACCCCAGAGAGCUCCCUCAUCCCUUUCACCAUGUGAGGACACAGCGAGAAGACAGCUGUCUAUGAACCAGGAAGCAGGCCUUCACCAGACACCCAGUCUGCUGGGGUCUUGAUCUUGGACUUCCCAGCCUCCAGAGCUAUGAGAAAUAAAUUUCUGUUUA